CAGUUCAGACGGAUAUUUAGCGUCCGCGGCAAUAUUUGGUGCACUUUUCUGUGUUUUAUCCAAUUAAUUCUGCAAUAGAAUCCUUUCCUAUCCUAUCAGUGGUUGUUUUAGUAAAACCUCGAGUAAAACGCUAUUCAACAGACCCAUUGUCACCCCCAUCGACGGUACCUGGAGGAAUCUUCGAAGGAAUUUCUGGAGGAAUCUUUGGAGGGAUUAUUGGAGAAAUCUCACAGAUGCCUGGAAAAUCCUGGAAUCUUGAGUCAUGUCGUCUAAGCGUAAAUCAGAACCGGUAAAAACGCUUCCAAAGCGUAAUAAGAAGAAAGUUGAUGAUGAUUUUGAUUCGGACUUAAGUGACGAUUAUAAAGAGGAAGAUCUUCCGGUUUCUGAAGUGAUUAUUCCAUCUGAUGAUCCUAUUAAUCAAGAAAGGUUGCCUGAGGAUUUGUUAAAAACAUAUGACAAGGAACCUGGAAAAUUACUAAUGGCUGGAAUGGUCACUUGGGAUAUGACAGGCCGAAAAGCGCCAGCUAAAGGAAUGACGAAAAUACGGCCAUCCCUGAAUUCAUUCAAUCGUUUUACUUCUGAAACGUAUCGUUCAGCAGUAAGUGGAUGCUCUUCGGCACAUUCUGUGCUCAUAACAAUGGAUAGAAAGGCGCUUGCAUUUGGUCGUAAUCAAUUUGGACAGUUAGGUCAAUCCGAACUGAACACCUUUGAAAAACCAACCCUUGUUACAGGGUUGGAAGAUGUGAAUAUCAUUCAAGCAGCAUGCGGAAGAAAUCAUACUUUGUUCCUAAGUGACACUGGAAUAGUUUAUGCUUGCGGUGACAAUAAAAGCGGUCAAUGUGGAGUUGGUAAUACUCAACCAACAAUAUUGAAAGCAACACGAAUAAAUUAUGCUGGCCCACCAAUCAUCAAAGUUGCCUGUGGUGCUGAGUUUUCAAUGAUACUAGACAUUAAAGGUAAUGUCCAUUCAUUCGGGCUUCCAGAAUAUGGUCAACUGGGGCAUAAUACAGAGGGAAAGUAUUUCGUUACUUCUACAAAAAUGUCAUUCCAUUUUGAAACUUCACCGAAGAAAAUUGUAUUGUAUGUUGAGAAGACAAAAGAUGGGCAUGUAACCCCAAUAGAUGAUGUGAAAAUCGUAGACUUCAGUUGCGGCAACAACCAUACGGUUGCAAUUGACUCAAAGAAUAGAGCUUUUAGUUGGGGAUUUGGAGGAAUUGGUCGCCUUGGACACGCUGAACAAAAAGAUGAGAUGGUACCCAGACUCAUCAAGUUCUUUGACAUUCAGAACAGAAAAGUUUUGCGUGUGUUUUGCGGAUCAUCUUUCAGUCUUGCCAUUACCGAUAUUGGAGCCUUAUAUUUAUUUGGACAAAAUAAGAAAACAGGAGAGGCAAAUAUGUAUCCCAAACCGGUGCAAGAUUUAGCAGGAUGGAAUAUUACUAGCAUUGGUGUAGGAAAUACAUCGAUUGUUAUUUCAGCUGAUGAUUCUCUAAUUUCAUGGGGCGCUGCACCAACGUAUGGUGAAUUGGGUCUAGGCGAUUUGAUCAAGUCUUCAUCUACACCCAAAACAGUUUCACGUUGUGAGGGCAUGAAAGUACCACAAGCAGCAAUGGGCUACUCACAUACUCUGUUGAUUGUGAAUGUGGAACACGAGUUAACAAAACAAAAAUAUGAUACAUUCCCGGAGUUCAUAAUAGAUUAAUAAGAUUUAUUUCGUUUAAUGUAUUCAUUCAUUUAUUCAUUUUACCCUUAACGAUAUCAACAAAUAAUUAAAUGUGUCGAUUUCGUCACAACACUCAUAAUCCUAUUCCUACGAGUAUUCCAAACAUUUUUGUGUACAUUAGCUUAAAAAAUAUUAAUAAAAGCAUUAUUAUUAAAAUUAAGAUACAGAUAA